UCAAAUGGAACCGUUUGCCGUGCGGUUGUUUGAAGUGUUCAUUUCGAAAGAUCGUAGUAGGCAUGGAAAUUGUAUGCCGUACACGGUGAGCCCCGCCGAAUCGAAACCAUAUUACGUAAUGGAGCCUUUCGAGAAGCUGAACGCACGGACCUCCUCGCCGAUAAAAAACAUAGAAAAUCCGGUCCAAAUGGAACGCACGGCCGUCCUGGAGGACAUUUCAAUGGGGGAGGAUACACCCGACGAGCUGCAGGCAACGGUCGUCGUGCCCGUGGUGCCCGUGGUGCCCGAGGAAGCGGACGAAAAAAUGGAGGCUACUGAGGACAACUCCACGCUGAAAAUGGACGACGCUCCGGCAGAAGAUACGGCGGAGUACGAUUCACUUGAUGACGAGCUGUCUUGGAUGCUCGAUCAAUCAUGGAAUUCCAGGCGCCCUGCUCGUUCGGAUAGCACUCUGGGCAUGCUAUCGAGGUCGAUGUUAAGCUCUAGUGAUGAGGACACCCCGGCCGAAAAAUGGCCGCCAAAUACACCCAGGCAAAAGCGUCGGGUAUCGUUUGAUGAUAGACCAGUAACUUUCGGUGACAGAGGGGUAAAACGCCCUCACCCCCCGGGCCCAUCGUCGGAUUCGUCCGAUGAUGACGAUAGUUCCUUCUGGGCGUGCUUCCGUCGCAGACAGAAGUCGCCGAAAUCUCCCGAGCCGGGGCCAUCGGGGCUGCAGAAACGGCGCCCACCAACACCCGGAAAGGAUGCCGAGUAA